AGUGCGCAUAUGCAAGAAAAAGCAAUGUGUUUGGAUAUCGAGGCUGCGCAACACGUUGAUUGCUGCCAUUUAAAAUUUAAAAUUUACAAGAAUGUCACUCUUACCUGAAAGUCGGUCCCAGGUUAAAACCAAUCCGAAGAAGGAGACCUCAACUAAGUCCGGGGCUAAAUUGAAGCUGGAGGAAUUAGAGUCUCCGCUGCUCGCAACAAAAGCACGCACAAGGGCAGUGUCAAAAGCAAAGACUGCAUCCUCCAAGGUAGGGCAGAAAAAGAAGGCCGUUUCGAAGAGUAAUCCAAAGAGUCAUAGUAAGAGUAAAGAAAAUACUAAGCAAAACAAAAAAAGAACCAUCAAGGCUAUUGAUGAAAAUUAUUCGGAAGAUAAUGCUAAGUUUGAGUCACAAUCACCAAAGAAGAAACGGAAGGUUACUAUUCCAGAUGAUGUUAGCGAAGAUUCUUUUGAUGAGUAUAAACCAGAUUCUACAGAUAGUGAGGAAGAGGAUUCAGAAGCAUCACUUUUUAAGGCGGGGGAACUCACAGAAUCUGAAAGUGACUAUGAAUCACUUAAGAAAAUGAGGAAACUAAAUACUGGCAAAGCAAAAGAAAAAGUUACUAAGAGCAAACCAAAGAAUAAAGAUGCUUAUGAAAUUGCUAAAACUGAAAUAGCAGUUAAUCCACAGUCCUGGCCUCAUUUGAAGUAUGAAUUUUUACAACCAGAUAAAAUUAAAGACAAUCAAAAACGCUCUCUAAGUCAUCCAGAUUAUAAUCCUAAAACUCUAUACAUUCCAAUAGAAUUUCUAGAUGCACAAACUCCAGCAAUGCGUCAAUGGUGGGUUUUGAAGUCUGAACACUUUGACUGCAUAUUAUUGUUCAAAGUCUGGAAAUUUUAUAAGUUAUAUCACAUGGAUGCUAUUAUAGGAGCUAAAGAAUUGAAUUUAUCAUAUUUAAAGGAUACCUUCGCUCAUGUAGGUUUUAUGGAAAUUGCCUUUGGUCAAAAGUAUGCAAGCUUAAUUGAAAAAGGCUAUAAGGUUGCAAGAAUAGAGCAAACAGAAACACCAGAAAUGGCAUCUCAAAGAUGUGCUAAAAUGUCCAAAGCAACAAAGUUUGAUAAAGUUGUUCGACGUGAAGUUUGUCAAAUCAGUACCAAAGGAUCCAGAGUCUUUAAUUUUCUAGACACAGUGGAAGCUUCAUCUCCCAAUUCCGUUUAUCUAUUAUCCAUAGUUGAAAAAAAUAUAAUUAGAGAUGAUGUAUUAGCUUAUGGAGUGUGUUUCAUAGAUACUAGUAUAGGUGAAUUCUACUUGGGACAAUUUCAAGAUGAUCAAUGCAAUUCUAAAUUGCUUACGUUGAUUGCACAUUUUCCUCCUGCUCAUAUUGUGUAUGAACGCGGGAAUUUAUCUUCAAAUACUUUGAAGUUGCUAAAUUAUUUCUUGCCAGAUAUUUUUAAAGAAGCAUUAUCAAAAGAAAUACAGUUCUGGACAGCUACAAAAGUUUUACAAUGCCUUUAUGAAAAUGAAUACUUCAUAAAUAAAGACUCUACAUUUUCUUGGCCAGAUGGCUUGAAAUCUUAUUUGAAAGAAGUGAAAAAUGGUCAAAAAACAAUUUUCUUUCCUAUAGACGACAAAGAAUUAGCUAUUGCUGCCUUAGGUGGUUGUGUUUCUACAUUAAAGGAAUAUUUAUUAGAUCAACACUUGCUAUCUCAAGGCAUAUUUAAAACGUAUUCACCACCUAGCUUUGAUGUUACAACAAAUAAAACUAAAUUUUCUCACAAUAUGAUUUUAGAUGCAAUGACUCUAAAUAAUCUAAAGAUAUUAGGUACUGAAGGCUCCCUCAUUAAAAUUUUGGAUCAUUGCUGUACACCAUUUGGCCAAAGAUUAUUUCGAGAGUGGAUUUGCAGACCAUCAUGUCGUAAAUGCGUUAUUUCUGAAAGACAACUUGCAAUUUCGGAUUUGUUGGAUGCUCCAGACAUUAUCCAACAAGUUCGCGGUAAACUUUUUCAUUUACCAGAUCUUGAGCGUCUGAUAAGCAAGAUUCAUGCUCAAGGAACUGCUGCGAAAUUGAAUGAACAUCCAGAUAGGCGUGCUAUAUUUUGUGAAAAAAAUAGAUAUACAAAAAGAACAAUUAAUGAUUUUAUUACUGCUUUAAAUAGCUUUGAAGAAGUUUUGAAAAUUGUCGAGAUUUUUUCAGCUUUUGAAAAUCCUCUCAUCAAAAAAUGUGUCAAGGUAAUGCCAGAAGGUAAUUUCCCACAACUACAAGAAAUUCUCAAUCAAUUCAAAUACUUUAUUUUACAGAAAGCUUUCAAUCAGAAUGAAGCUAAAAAAGAAGGUUUCAUUACCCUUCAAGCUGGCAUUGAUAAAGAGUAUGAUAACGUAAUGUUAGAAUUUGAAGAAAUAAAAAAGGAAUCCAAUGAAUACUUGAAAAAAUUGGAGAAGAAGUUUGGGGUUCCAUUAAAAUUUGUUGGAAGUGAUUGUAAAAGAUAUCAAAUUGAAAUUCCAGAUAAUAAAAAAGUAGGCGAUGAAUUUGAACUGAUUGGUUCCAGAAAGGGUUUCAAGAGGUAUUACACGGAAAAAUCAAAGCAAUUCUACCAGAGACAAGGGGAGAUCGAAGAACGAAAUGAAGCAAUUUUAAAAAAUAUUAAUAGAAUAAUAUUCUCAAAAUUCAGUGACCAUUAUGAAAAGUGGAGCGCUGCAGCACAUCACAUUGCAGUUAUCGAUUGCUUGAUAUCUUUAGCCGAGUAUGCUAAAUCUCACAAAACCUGCAUCCCAAAAAUUUACGACGAUACGGAUAAAAAAAAGAUAUUUAUCAAAAUUGAAGAUGGAGUUCAUCCAUGCAUUUCUUGUGAUAAUUUCAUCCCCAACGAUACGUUGAUAGGGGGCGAUAAGACAGCUCCGUUAAUGAUUUUGUCCGGUCCAAAUAUGGGAGGAAAAUCGACAUUGAUGCGACAAGUCGGAUUAAUAACGAUAAUGGCGCAAGUCGGGUCUUAUGUACCAGCUAGCACGUGUGAAUUAACGCUUAUUGAUCGUAUAUUCACUCGACUGGGAGCGAGUGAUGAUAUCGUGGCAGGCCAAAGUACGUUCCUGGUGGAACUGAAGGAAACCGCGACUAUACUCCAGCACGCCACAAAGUAUUCACUUAUUCUUUUAGAUGAAUUAGGUCGGGGUACGUCAACUUACGACGGGACAGCGAUAGCUGCGUCAGUUAUCGAAGCUCUUACAAAAAUAAAUUGUAGAACUCUUUUUUCAACUCACUACCAUACUCUGAUCGAAAAUUUCAAAACAAACAGAAACAUUAUGUUUGCUCACAUGGCUUAUAAAGCAGAAAAUAAGCACGAAAGUCCCUUAAAUGAAGAAAAUGUGACAUUUUUAUACAAGUUGGUAGAAGGUGCAUGUCCAAAGUCUUAUGGUUUUAACGCGGCUAGAUUAGCCGGCGUACCGCCAAACAUUAUUAAGCGAGCUCGAGUCAUCGCAAAGAAAUUAGAAGCUGAAGUAAGUCUGCGUCAUGCUUUUACUACACUAUGUUGUGUAGAAAAGAAAUCCAUCAAGUCGUCAAUUAAAAAAAUACGUACAAUUCUUGCCAGUAUUUAAUUCUAUCGUACAGUAUUGCUUUGUUUGCCAGGGCGAUACUCAUUUAAAUAAUAUAUUCGUUUGAAGAUAUCCGCCGAAUUAAGCAAUUAUGUAUGUUUUAAUGAAACACUCAUUUUUCCGUUUAUUUAAUGUACGAUAAAGAAAAAUUAAACAAUGUUGUAGAAUCUAUUUUGUUGCUGCACUUUGAUAAAUAUUUGCCAAUCGCCAUCAUUAUAAAAUAUAUAAUAUUCAGUCUUUCGUAAAUCUAAACCAUUUAUUUCACUUCCAAAAAACUAAAAAUAACACUUGUGAAAAUAAUUUACUUGAGAUUUAGGCAUGAAUUUAAUUUUAUACGUCAUCGAUAUAUUAGUGGCUAUAUAUUUUUUAAUGCGUGCUUUUUCGAAAAAGGC